AUGUCGAAAAAACUUUCCGGAUAUCAAAAUCGAAAACGCAAAGCGACCAGAGAAUUGGAGUUGGAAAAACAAAGAGACGAUAUAAAGAAAUAUUUGAUGACAAAAAAUGAAGUUUUACCAGUUCCUUCGAAUGAAAAUCUACGUGAAGAUCAACUACCGGCAUCUCAAAGCCAUUCUGCAGACAAAAGCGCACAACAUACUAAAUCUCCUGAACCUGAAAUCGAACCGCAGGGAGCAUCUUCUGAAGAAACCUUAUCCACAUCAACAAAAUUUCUGAUUACUGAUGAUACACCAACAUUAGAUGUUUUGAACAAUCUUCAAGAUCCAGCUACAUGGCCUCCAAUAAAUGAAAAAGUAAGAAAACUUUUAAUUCAACUCGGACCGACAAAGAAACAAAACGUAUUGUACCCAUCUGAUGAUAACGGAAGAAAAUUCAGCGAUACAUAUUAUUAUCGUAAAAUGCCAAGUUCGGAAUCUGUUCCUAGAGACUGGUUAAUGUACUCGGAAAAAAGCAAUAGCGUAUUUUGUUUUUGCUGUAAAUUGUUUACCUGUCACUCAUUGGAGAAUAUUAAUACAAGCCGCCUAAUUACAACUGGAUAUUCUAAAUGGCAAAAUUUGUCACAAACUUUACAUAGUCAUGAAACAUCUUUAGCUCAUUUAAACAACUUUAAACAAUGGGUUCAUUUAGAACGUGCGUUGAAAUCAAAACGAACAAUUGAUCAACAACAAGAAAAAUUAUUUGAGUUGGAAAAACAGCACUGGCGUGCGAUUUUAGAAAGAUUUAUUGAAAUUAUAAAAUAUUUAUGUAAACAAUGUCUUCCCUUGAGAGGAAAAUCAGAUCAAUUAUUUGUUAGAAAUAAUGGAAAUUUUUUACAACUUGUACAAUUACUGGCAAAAUUUGAUGUGACUAUGUCUAGUCAUCUUCAAAAAACGUUACAAAAGAAAUCUGUGCAUUAUAUGAGUAAAGAUGCAAAAUAUUUUUCAAUUAUAUUGGAUUGUACUCCGGAUAUCAGUAAUACUGAGCAAAUGACCAUUAUUAUAAGAUUUGUGUCAACUGAUGACCAAGUUCAGAUUCAAGAACAUUUUCUUGGUUUCAUUGACAUCAAAGAUUCAACUGGUGAAGGUUUAACCAAUUAUAUAAUAGAAAAAAUUAAAGAAUUUAAUUUAGACAUCAGCAACUUGCGUGGCCAAGGUUAUGACAAUGGUGCGAACAUGAAAGGGAAAAACAAUGGAUUACAGAGACACAUCUUAAAUAUUAAUUCCAGAGCUUACUUUACCCCUUGUUCUGCUCACUCCCUAAAUUUAGUAGUCAAGGAUGCCGCUAACUGCAACCACCAAACUAUUACGUUUUUCGGAAUUGUUCAAGAAAUAUAUAAUUUUUUUUCGGCAUCAACUAAACGAUGGGAUAUUUUGAAAAAAUGUGUACCAAAUUUAACAUUAAAACCAUUGUCCGAUACUCGUUGGGAGUCUCGUGUUGAAGCUUUAAAACCAUUGCGAUUCCAAAUUGGUGAAAUUUACGACGCUUUGUUUCAAAUUCAGGAGAAUGAAAAAAUGGAUAACCAAAUCAAAUGUCAGGCUAGAAUUUUGUGUUCCAAAAUUGCCAAUUUUCACUUUGUAUGCUCAUUAGUACUGUGGUAUGAUAUACUUAAUAGAGUAAAUGUAGUUAGCAAACUCCUGCAGAAGAUCGAAAUGGAUGUUGGAACCGCUUUAAAAGCUAUAAAUAAUUUAACUACUUACGUAAAAAAUUACCGCACUGAUGAAGGUUUUCAAAAUCUAAUAGAAACCUCAUCCGAUUUAGCUACCAUACUCGAAAUACCUACUGACUUUCAAAUCUUAGGUAACGUACGAAAAAGAAAACAAAAACGACAAUUCGAUUAUGAACAUAAGGAUGAAACCCCACAAACACCAAGCGAGCGCUUUAAAAUAAAUUUCUUCAAUGUAAUUUUAGAUACAACUAUAAAUUCCCUAGAAGAAAGAUGCGAACAGUUAACAGUUCAUAAUAAUUAUUUUAAUUUUUUACAUAAUUUAGGAAAUUUACCGACUUUAAAUACAACCGAUCUUAAAAAACAUUGCGACGACUUAGAGCUAUAUCUUACAGAUGGAAAAGAUAAGGAUAUAAUUUCUACCGAAUUAUUUAAUAAAUUACUUUGUUUUAAAGACAUAUUCCUAACAGAAUUAAAUUCAAUUAAUACCCCUUUCAGUGCACUACGUUAUAUUUAUAAAAAUAAUUUAGAAACAUUGUAUGUUAACUUAAGUAUCGCUUUACGGGUUUUAUUAACGCAACCGGUAACAGUUUCAAGUGGGGAACGAUCGUUUUUACGGUUAAAAAUUAUAAAAACCUAUCUUAGAUCAACUUUAUCACAAGAACGUUUUGUCGAACUUGCGUUGAUCGCAAUAGAAAGUGAUGUAUGUGACAAAUUGAUAACAACGAGAUAA